CGCAACCCGACGUCUCAGUCUCCGCUCAACUUCGCGGUUAAAUCGAUUGAUUCUCGUGUUCGGAUUUUAUCCAAGAAUAUCUAUUCAAAAUGAAGCACCUCGCGGCCUACCUCCUCCUGUCCCUCGCUGGCAACGCCAGCCCCUCCGCUGAGGACAUCAAGUCCGUCCUCUCCUCUGUCGGUAUCGAUGCCGAUGAGGAGCGCCUCACCAAGCUCAUCUCCGAGCUCGAGGGCAAGGACCUCCAGGAGCUGAUCGCUGAGGGUGCCACCAAGCUCGCCUCCGUUCCCUCCGGCGGUGCUGGUGCUGCCGCCCCCGCCGCUGCUGCUGGCGCUGCUGCCGGCGGUGACGCCCCCGCUGAGGAGAAGGAGGAGGAGAAGGAGGAGUCCGAUGAGGACAUGGGUUUCGGUCUCUUCGACUAAGCGCCUCGCCUCCGCCGAACAUCGAGAAAAGCAAAUCGGUUCGUGGGGGAAUGGGAAUCUGGCGGCGAUUGUUUUCAGACUUGGGGGAAAGAUUGCCCGUUGGUCUGGCCAAGCAUGGAUGCAUCAGGCUUGCCUGAUGCCGUCGCGAACCUUGCAUAAGUAAGCUGAGAAAAGCUUUUUAGCCAAUAUAGAUUCUCUGACCUCCCGAUUGAUGACCCAUUCUCGUGAUUUAAAGUAAUGCGUAGUGAAGAUCUGGAUGUAAAACUAGCGGCUAGCUACAAUAUAGCCAUAUCUAACCUCUCUAAAGACGUUGAAUAAGAGAUCUGG